ACUGUAUGUGGAGCAGUGUACAGUGGAGCGGAGGCAGCGCGGCUCCGCGAGCUCCUCUCCACUUUCCCAUAGAGAGCCCCUGACUGGCCGCUGAGGGCGAGCCACACACACGCCCUCGCGCCGCGGCGAGCCCGCGAGGUUACUAUCAUCUGACAAAGGCUCUGCUGCUGUUCAUCUUCCUGUGGUCCUCCAUUUACCUUCUCGGAAUCCUGCUGCAUCACAGAAGCCGGAAGUUCUGAUGUUCCAUUGAAAUCACAAUGGAAAGUCUUGACUUGACUGGCACCCUAAGGAAGACCCCCAAGCCUCUAGCAGAUGAUACCAUCUCCAGCAUGUUAUAGAUGUCAAGGAUUCCCUGGGAUAUUGAGAAAUACCAGAGGCGAAUUGUUCCACUGUAGUCACAGUGAUGAAAGGCAGUAAUAGAAAUAAAGAACAUUCAUCAGAAGGAGAAGGGGCUGGAAAACGACCAAAACGGAAGUGUCUUCAGUGGCAUCCGUUGUUAGCCAAGAAACUUCUUGAUUUUUCAGAAGAGGAGGAAGAAGACGAGGAAGAGGAAGAUAUUGAUAAAGUUCAUCUUCUUGAGGCGGAUGGCCUAGAGCAAGAUGUUGGUGAAACUGAAGAUGAUGAGUCACCAGAGCAGCGAGCUCGGAGACCAAUGAAUGCAUUUCUUCUAUUUUGCAAGCGACAUCGCUCUCUAGUCCGACAGGAACACCCAAAGCUUGAUAACCGAGGUGCUACCAAGAUACUAGCUGAUUGGUGGGCUGUUCUUGAUCCAAAGGAAAAGCAGAAAUAUACAGACAUGGCCAAGGAGUAUAAAGAUGCAUUUAUGAAAGCAAAUCCUGGCUACAGAUGGUGCCCUACUACAAACAAGCCUGUAAAAUCGCCAACACCCACUGUCAAUCCACGGAAGAAACUUUGGGCCUUCCCAUCUGACUCUUCAAGAGAUUUGCCAACCCCCAAGAAGGCAAAGACAGAAGAAAUUCCUCAGCUUAACUUUGGAAUGGCUGAUCCUACUCAGAUGGGAGGCCUGAGCAUGUUGCUGUUAGCUGGAGAACAUGCUCUUGGAACGCCAGAGGCAUCCACUGCGCCUUGCCGGCCUGAUAUUUCAGAGUCACCUGAGUUGCGUCAGAAGUCACCAUUGUUUCAAUUUGCUGAGAUAUCUUCAAGGACAUCCCAACCUGAGGGUCCUUCAAAACAGUGUCAAACAUCAGCUUUGUUUCAGUUUGCAGAGAUUUCUUCAAGUACUUCACAAUUGGGUGGCGCUGAGCCCGUGAAACGCUGUGGGAAUUCUGCACUCUUUCAGCUGGCAGAGAUGUGUCUGGCAUCAGAGGAGAUGAAAAUGGAAGAAACAAAGCUAAUAAAUUCAAAAGAUUCAGAUGGUGGAAGAAUGAAAGAGAUGGAAAAGGGGAAGGAAGAGAGAGACAUAAAAGUGGAGAAAAACAAUGAAGCUGGGUUCCAGAAAGAAGCAGAAUUUGAGAAACCAUCUAAGGGAAAUAUAAGGGAGUCUAAGGACUUCAGAAACUUUGAAGAGCUACAAGUGGAUAAUGUAAUGGCUGUCAAAUUGGAAGACCCCAAAGAAAUGAGAAAGGAACCAGAGGAUGAUCAGAAAUACAGCCACUUCCCUGAUUUUUCUUACUCUGCCAGCAGCAAGAUAAUUAUUAGCGAUGUCCCCAGUAGAAAAGAUCACAUGUGCCACCCUCACGGAAUUAUGUUCAUCGAGGACCCCACCAUGCUAAACAAACCAGAAAAGAUAAAAAAGAAAAAGAAGAAAAACAAACUGGAUCGACACGGAAGUGACAAAUCCACACCAAAGAAGACCUGCAAGAAGAGGCAGUCUUCGGAGUCCGACAUCGAGAGUGUCAUGUACACCAUAGAAGCUGUUGCAAAAGGAGACUGGGGUGUUGACAAGCUUGGAGAAACCCCAAGAAAGAAGGUCCGCACCUCCUCAAGUGGCAAGGGAGGCAUUUUGGAUGCCAAGCCACCAAAGAAAAAGGUGAAAUCAAAAGAGAAGAAGGCUUCCAAGGAGAAGUGCUCAGACAUCAUCAAGGAAUCACGACCUCCAGAUUUCCUUAAUAUUUCUGCUAGCAAGAAUGCUCCUGGGGAGGGGCCAGAGGGCAUAAAAGCAGAGCCAUUGACCCCCACAGAGGAUGCACUGCCACCUAGCCUACCAGGACAGACCAAGCCUGAGGACAGUGACUGUCACAGAAAAACGGAGACCUGUGGCUCCAGGAAAUCGGAGAGGUCUUGCAAAGGUGCUCUUUAUAAAACCCUGGUGUCAGAGGGCAUGCUCACCUCGCUGCGAGCUAAUGUUGACAGAGGGAAACGGAGCUCAGGAAAAGGAAAUUCCUCUGAUCAUGAAGGGUGUUGGAGUGAAGAGAGCUGGACAUUUAACCAGAGUGGGACCAGUGGGAGCAAGAAGUUUAAGAAGAAGCUAAGGGAAGACUCCUUCCUUGGUUCUGCAAAGCUGGAUGAGGAAUUUGAAAAGAAAUUCAACAGCCUCCCUCAAUAUAGUCCUCUUACAUUUGACCGGAAAUGUGUAUCUAUUCCAAGGAAAAAGAAGAAGACUGGAAACAUGUCCUCAGAAUCGACUAAAACCAGCAAAGGUCCUUUCCAGUCCCAGAAAAAGAACUUAUUCCACAAAAUUGUCAGCAAAUAUAAGCACAAAAAGGAGAAGCCUAAUGUUCCAGAAAAAGGAAGUGGGGAUAAAUGGUCACACAAGCAAUUCUUCUUGGAUGCCAUUCACCCUACAGAAGCCAUAUUUUCAGAAGACAGAAACACCACAGAGCCUGCUUAUAAGGUUAAAAAUGCCCUAUCCAUUCCCAACACUCCAGAGCCAGCAGCGAUGCAAGAACCUUUGGUGGGUAGCCAAAAGAGAAAAGCAAGGAAAACCAAGAUCACACACCUUGUCAGGACUGCAGAUGGCCGAGUAUCACCAGCAGGAAGUACCUUGGAUGACAAACCAAAGGAGCAACUACACAGGAGUCUCCCUAAAGUGACUGAGACAUACUGCAGUGAUGAUUGCUCACACAAUACGGUUGAGGAGCCACGGAGCAGUACUCCAGAAAUGCCUGCUGUGUCUGCAUUCUUUAGCCUCGCUGCACUGGCUGAGGUUGCAGCCAUGGAGAAUGUGCACAGAGGUCAGAGGUCAACUUCACUCACCCAUGAUGGACAGCCAAAAGAAAUGCCACAGGCUCCUGUACUGAUUUCUUGUGCUGACCAGUGAAGCGCCCUUUAAUUGUAAAACAUUGUGCUUUACCUACUACCCUAGCCUUGUCUUUACCAGGGAUGCUGGCAAGUCCAUGUGGUGGGAAGUACAGACUGCAGACAAGUGCUUGUUGUCCCACACAGCCCAGAAUCACUUGAAGCAAAACUUAGCAUUCUGGGCCCAUUUGUUGUUUCAGAAGCCACGAGUUCUGAGGGCAGUGUUACUGUGUGAUACUGAGCAAAAGCAAAGGGAUGUGGACCUUUGCUUUGCAUGGAAGGAAGGCUUUUGACGGUGACCAGUGGUAACUUGGUAAAAGGCUGCCUUUACUGUAGCUCAUCCAGCAUCUCUUUUACCAACCAGAGAGUGUGAAACUAGUUUCAUAUAUUACCUAGUUAUUCUUUCAAAACAAACAAAAAAACCCUGACGCACUGCACUAGUUAUUAUUAGAUAUUCUUAGUCUUUUGUACAUGAAGAUUUAAGUUCUAAGAUGGUUUAUAUAAUAGGUUAUACCUACAUUUAUAUUGUAGAAUAAAUAUUAAAAUGCCUGUACCAGAGACUCCUAAGCAGCAUGGGCAGGCAGACGUACCAUUGUUAGCGGUGUAUGCUCGGCCUUGUGGUCCAUAUAUUCUGCACUUUUAUAUUUGCCACCAGAAUGGUAGUGGUAGUUUGCUGGAAGAGAAAGAGAGAGAGAGAGAGAGAGAGAGGAGAGAGAUUGAUUUUGAGAUCGAGAAAGAGACUAUUACAAUUCUUACAAUCUGAAUUUUUUUCUUAGCCUUGAGUGACCAAGAAGAAUUUGCUUGGGGCAAAUUGUGGCAAAUAUUUUCCCAGACAGGGGAAGCAUCCUGCAGAUUACAGAUUACUGAUGUUUUCAUGCCUUGAGGAUUCUUUUAUUUUUACACAGGGGUCUAAGUGACCAAUGGAUCGUUCAUACAAACAAAAAAAGACAAAACUAUUAUUCAGAAGUGACCUUAGUAUUACUUCAUUAUUCUAAACACACUGAAGAUGCUCACUUCAUAUGGACUUGGAGCUUCAGACCUUUUACAUCCAUCACAGACAGACUGGACGGGUUGCGAUUGCUAUGCACGGCCUACUAGGCACUGCAGGUUUAGGAGCCAUUUGGAGUUGGUGUUGUUGAGGAGGUAUUGAGUAAACGAGUGGGGAGGUGUCUGAAGUGCGCCUCUCAGUCAGAUCCACCUACAGGUUUCUGUUUCCUUUUCAUGUUUUGUUGCUUUUAAGCAUAAAACCAACCAUAUGCCAGUGCCAAGUGGAUUAACUGGCCUACAACAUUCAACAUAUUGACUUAACCACCUGACGUUCACAGUGUCUUGUUUCCUAGCAACAGAUGCAAAGUGAUACAUCAAAAUUAAUCUGAGGCUACAGAUUUUACAGGGUAUUUGUUCCAUAGCACAAAGUAUUUCCCCACUGUUGCAACACAGCACAAACUACCAAAUUUUAAUUUUUGGAUCCCAGCAAUAAUUUUUAAUAGUUUUCAAACUGGUGGAGUUUUGAUAGUGCUAGCUGGAAUUUGAAGCUUUUGAAUUAGAUCUCUAAAUGGUGACAGUUUACAUGGUUUUAUCUAGCUUUCUUAUUUAUACUUGACUGAAGUGUAACGAUUUUUUUUCUAAUUGUAAUUUGACCUAAUAGCCAUAUAAAAUGACUCUAUUAAUACUGUCUAGGUCUAGCUUCUCAUGGUUGUAGAUAUUCCUUCAGUUCCGGUGCUGGAAAAUAUGUACAACUAUAUUAACAGAAUUGAAAAAGAUAGAGGUUUGUUUGUUGUUAUUUUUCCAAAGCAGGUAGGGAGGGCAGCAGAGUAUUAAAAUUGUGUCCUCAAAAAUUCAUGUUCAUUGUGGGGAUGUAGGAAGCAGGAAUUAGUAAAAGGUAAAUCAGUAGGUAUAGCUUAAUCCCAUUCACAUAGAAAUAAAUUGAGUGAAUAGCCCCAGAUUUUAGCAUACUAUUUUUACUAUGAUAACUGUUUUAAUAAUAUUUUCUAAAUUUCAAAACAAAAAUAAGUGAAUGUUUGGAAAUUGCUGGGUCCUGAUGUUGGUGGCUGUUGGAGUUUUGGACCACUUGCUAGCAGUGAUUUAAACAUGAUAAUUAGCUAAAACCCAAAAAAUUAGUAACAAAAGUAGAAAACCAACAAUUGCAUUGGUGCAGAACAUGCAUCUUGACAAUGGUACUAACUUGUUGUUCUCUAGAGUACAUUAGAAUAGAUCUAUUUUUGCCAGAGCACCCUCCUUCAGUCCUCCGAGUACAUUUCACUAGAGUCCCUUCAGAGAUUGCUGUAUAUUCCUGAGAACUUUUUUUAAAAAAGAAACAAGAGAUGACCUUUUUCUACGUGGUUAAUAUCUUACCUGAUCGGCUUUUCCC